GUUACCUUGACCGAAAGAAAAAGUAACAAGCAUCUUUCCACAGCCAUGGAUAUUGAUUCAACAGCCCAAGAUAAAGCCAGAUUUUUUGCGGGUGCUUGGGGCAGGGUUAAGGCCUUGCCUGGCAAAUUGAAGGCCAAGGUUACAUCAACAGCUAAGAGCAUCAAAAGGCUUGGCCAAGAUGACCCAAGAAGGCUUACUCACUCCCUGAAAGUGGGACUUGCUCUCACAUUGGUGUCACUCUUGUACUAUGCUAGGCCUAUCUAUGAUGGUUUUGGGGUGUCGGGAAUGUGGGCGGUGCUAACAGUUGUGGUCGUAUUUGAAUUCACAGUGGGUGGAACUCUAAGCAAGAGUUUAAAUAGAGGCUUUGCUACAUUUCUCGCCGGUGCUCUUGGACUUGGAGCAGAUUACUUUGCAAGUCUCUUCGGAAAGAAUGGAGAACCGAUUGUCCUUGGAAUCCUUGUUUUCCUUUUAGCAGCAGCAGCAACAUUUUCAAGAUUCUUUCCAAGGAUCAAGGCAAGAUAUGAUUAUGGGGUGCUGAUAUUUAUACUGACAUUCAGUUUGGUAGCUGUUUCGGGGUACCGAGUGAAUGAACUGGUAGUUUUGGCUCACCAACGACUCUCAACAAUUAUAAUGGGAGGAGCAACCUGCAUGCUUAUAGCUAUAUUUGUUUGUCCAGUAUGGGCCGGUGAAGAUCUUCACAAGGCCAUCGCUUCCAACCUCGAAAAGCUUGCUACUUACCUUGAAGGAUUUGGAGGUGUAUAUUUUCAAUCCUCUGAAAGUGAUGGCAUGGGCACCGGCAAGUCAUUUCCUCAGGGAUAUAAAAGUAUUCUCAACUCAAAGAGCAAUGAAGAAUCUUUGGCAAAUUUUGCAAGAUGGGAACCUGGACAUGGACGCUUUCGCCUCCGUCACCCAUGGAAACACUACUUGAAGAUUGGAGCCCUUGCUCGACAAUGUGCAUACCAGAUUGAAGCUAUUAAUGGCUGCAUCGGCUCUGAUCAUAUCCAAGGAUCAGAAGAAUUCAAAGGUAAAAUAGAAGGAUCAUGUACAAGAAUGAGUGCAGAAUGUGGGAAAACACUAAAAGCAUUAGCCAGAUCGAUGAAAACAAUGACAGAUCCAUAUUCUUCAGCCAAUACCCAUGUGGAGAACUCCAAAGCUGCCAUGAAAGACCUCAAGUUUGCCCUCAAAGCUGCUUCUUUAGAGAAUGCAGACUUGGCAGCAAUAUUACCAGCAGCCACAGUGGGCUCGAUCUUGGUUGAGAUAGUGAAAUGCGUUGAGAAAAUAUCAGAAGCAGUCCAUGAACUUUCCCAACUAGCUCACUUCGAAAAGGAGACAGUGGAACCAACUGUUUCACCCGAGAAACGACCGCAGUUGCUUCAUAGGGGAAUAAUCCAACCUGUUUUGGAUGGUGAUAGCACCGCCAACGACAAUGUUGUUAUCACAAUACACGAAAUUAUAUCCACCGAUUCGCCAGAGAAUGAGAAGGCUUGUGAUCAGCAUCAAGUGCCAAAGCCUGGCAAAAAAAUAGAAGCACUGUAAAUAUUUGUUGCUAACAUGUGAUUAGCUUGUCUUUCUUUUUAUUUUUCUAAUCAAAUUAGUUCUUAUUUUCAAUAUGGGGCAAUUGAAGAGGGAAGAAACUAUUAGCUAAUUCUUCCCUCUUUUACACAUUAUAAUAUAUA